CAGACACACUCGGAGAUACACACGCACCGGGCCCAGCUAGCCCUCCCUUGGGUCUCUUCCUCCCGGGGCUGCCCGGGAAAGCUUGCAUACCCACACACCCCGGGGCAGGGUCCGGCCCGACCCCCUCCUCUCUUCCCCUUUCCUCCAUCUCCGCCUUCUGCUGCCGCCACCACUGCCGCCGCCGCCGCCGCCGCAGGGGGAGGAUUCAUGUCCCUCCAGCAUCAUGCAGCCGCCGCCGAGGAAGGUGAAAGUUACACAGGAACUGAAAAAUAUUCAGGUUGAACAGAUGACAAAACUUCAGGCCAAACAUCAGGCAGAAUGUGAUUUACUUGAAGAUAUGAGGACAUUCAGUCAGAAGAAGGCUGCAAUUGAGAGAGAAUAUGCACAGGGCAUCCAGAAAUUGGCUAGUCAGUACCUGAAGAAAGAUUGGCCUGGAAUAAAAGCUGAUGAGCGGAAUGAUUACAGGAGCAUGUAUCCUGUUUGGAAGUCAUUUUUGGAGGGAACUAUGCAGGUGGCCCAAUCCCGAAUCAAUAUCUGUGAAAACUAUAAAAACCUUAUUUCGGAACCUGCUAGGACAGUGAGAAACUUAAAGGAACAGCAGUUAAAAAGGUGUGUGGACCAGUUGACAAAGAUCCAAACCGAAUUACAAGAGACAGUGAAAGAUUUAGCUAAAGGCAAAAAGAAGUACUUUGAGACAGAACAGAUGGCUCACGCGGUCAGAGAAAAAGCUGACAUUGAGGCCAAGUCCAAACUUAGUCUUUUUCAGUCAAGAAUCAGUUUACAAAAGGCAAGUGUUAAGUUAAAAGCCCGGCGGUCAGAGUAUAAUUCCAAAGCUACCCAUGCCAGGAAUGACUAUCUUCUCACAUUAGCUGCCGCUAAUGCACACCAGGACCGUUACUAUCAAACGGAUUUAGUGAACAUUAUGAAGGCCCUUGACGGGAAUGUAUAUGAUCAUCUGAAGGAUUAUUUAAUAGCAUUCAGCAGGACUGAGCUAGAGACAUGCCAAGCUAUACAGAAUACGUUCCAGUUUUUAUUGGAAACCUCAAGCAGGGUGGUGCGGGAUUACAAUCUUCAGCUGUUUUUACAAGAGAAUUCUGUGUUUCAUAAACCACCACCUUUCCAGUUCCAUCCCAGUGACAGUGAUACCAGCCGACAGUUGGAAUCUGAAACAGGCACCACUGAGGAACACAGCUUAAACAAAGAGGCCCGGAAGUGGGCUACGAGAGUGGCCCGAGAACACAAAAACAUCGUCCACAACCAACGGGCCCUAGAAGAGUUAGAAUGUCAUGGUGUUGCUGUAUCAGAACAAAACCGAGCAGAAUUAGAACAGAAGAUAGAUGAAGCCAGAGAAAGUAUUCGUAAAGCAGAGAUAAUUAAGCUAAAAGCUGAAGCGCGCCUAGACCUCCUGAAACAGAUCGGGGUGUCUGUAGACACAUGGCUGAAGAGCGCGAUGAACCAGGUGAUGGAGGAACUGGAGAAUGAGCGCUGGGCCAGCCUUCCUGCAGUGGCCAACAAUGGCUCCCUACACUUGCUUAAUGUGGAUGUAGAAAGAGAAGAAGGAGAAGAAUUUGAGGACAACAUGGAUGCUUUUGAUGAUAGCAGUUCCAGCCCAUCAGGCACCCUACGAAACUAUCCACUGACCUGCAAAGUUGUCUAUUCAUACAAGGCGUCUCAGCCAGACGAGCUGACGAUUGAGGAGCAUGAGGUGUUAGAAGUGAUUGAAGAUGGAGAUAUGGAAGACUGGGUAAAGGCCCGGAACAAAGUCGGCCAGGUGGGCUACGUGCCCGAGAAGUACCUGCAGUUCCCCACGUCCAACAGCCUCCUGAGCAUGCUGCAGUCCCUGGCCGCACUGGACAGCCGUUCUCAUACAUCCAGCAAUUCCACUGAGGCGGAGCUCGUGUCGGGGAGCCUCAAUGGAGAUUCUAGUGUCUGUUUUGUCAAAGCACUUUAUGACUAUGAAGGCCAGACAGAUGAUGAACUGUCCUUUCCUGAGGGAGCAAUCAUCCGCAUCUUGAACAAGGAGAACCAAGAUGAUGAUGGUUUCUGGGAAGGAGAAUUCAAUGGACAUGUUGGUGUUUUCCCAUCGGUGCUAGUGGAAGAGCUUUCAGCCUCAGAAAAUGGUGAUACUCAGUGGGUGAGAGAGAUCCAGAUCUCUCCGUCCCCCAAGCCGCACAAUUCACUGCCUCCGCUGCCGCUGUACGAUCAGCCCCCCAGCAGCCCAUCCCCCAGCCCUGACAAGAGGAGCUCGAGGUACUUCCCCAGGUCUCCAUCCAUGAACGAAAACAGCUUCAGCUCGGAUUCUCCAGGGUUCUCUCAGCCCCCGAGGCACACGCCAGAGGCCUCCUAUGGCAAGCUGCGACCCGUACGGGCUGCACCACCCCCUCCCACUCAGAGCCACCGCCGGCCUGCAGAGAAGAUGGAGGAUGUGGAGAUCACUCUCGUGUGAUGCCACCUGCCCCACCGUCACGGCCCACCCAGUCCAGUCUGGCCGAGCUCAUUUUUUAAGGCACCUUUGCAUGAAGACGACUCUGUUAAGGAGCAAGAACGAGGGAGGAUGUUCUGUGUGGCAGCGACCUGCCCUCCUCCUUCCUCAUCACAAAGAUUCUGUGCCUUUGCUUGUUGUUUUCUACGAGUCAUCUUUCGUCCCAGAGCACAAGCCCAGAGUGGCAAAUGGCCCUGGCCAGGCAGGCACACCUGCAGCCUGGGGCCAGCUCUUGGCCACUUGUGUGGCCUCACCCCAGCCCCGUCCUGUCGUGUGUGUCAGUACAGUAUAUUACUGUGGCCAUAGGAAUGUGUUGAUGAACUUGCCCAGACACCCGAGCACCGUCACCUUGUGGUGAGAGGUGAAGAUGAAUCAGGUUCUCCAGCCUCAGAAGAGGGGCCGAAGCACAGGGCUGGGGGUGGGAGAGCCAGCUCCUUCUCGCAGCCCCUGCCACCUUCCCAGGAGGGGCCGUGCCGGCAGCCCCCAAAGGCCUCCUUGGUGUUCCCUUUCCUGCCACUUGUCUCCUAGUCAGAGCCUGCCCCCCAAAGUCCCAGCUGGGAACGGGGCAGGACGUCCCCCACAUCAGGAGGAGAGGCUUCGUCCCAACGGGAAAGCCCCCACCUGGCUGACAUCCCCCUGCUGAGUAUUUGCCUCAUACGUGUCUGAGCACAUCCCCCCAGUCACCUCCUCAAAGCUGCACCCCAGCCUCAAGUCAGCCUUGGCAUUGGGUCACCUGGGAGAGGUUGGAGUUCAAGGGACUAAGUGUUAUUUUCUGGUCAGCUCAGCAGCCCAGCCGAUGGAAGCCCAGCAACUGGUUCCCAGCAGUGAGUCCAGGGAAAUUGGCUCCACCGUGGCCGUGGGGCAGCAGCAGGAGCCGUCUGCCUCCUCAGGGUUCAUGUGUCCAAAAAAGUUUUACCAGGGCCUUGAAACCCAAGGUGAGAGAGGAGACUCACUUAGGGGCUUGGCACAAAUCCAAACUAAUGAUGUGGUGAAGAGGCUCCCUCCAACUCCCCGCCACAGGGAGAAACUGUGGUUUCACUGGCAAGACUGAUGAGACCCCACACUUUGGGGAGAAGCAGCUCCCAGGUAUUUAAGGAAAACUGAUUUUGUCUGCACGAUUGGGUAGGAAGUUUUUUCUCCCUAAACCGGAAGAUAGAGAAUUGAUGGCUUAGCUUAAAAGGCUGUUUGGGGAGGUUGCUUUACUUUUACUGUUUCAUUUUUAAAGAAAUCAAUAUUCCAUUUAGAUGGCAUUAUCUGAACUUUGCACAUUGCUUCAAAGAGUCUGACCUCAAAAAAAAGAGCUCUGAAGCAGAGCGUGCUUCCCAGGCCCCUCCACCAAAAGUCCCAUCUCCUUCCAAGGAAAUGUCUACUGGACCACUCCAGCUCAUCAGUCACAAGGACCGUGGAUGAAUCUCUUCUGUAUUCUUUGUUCUCUUGCGCCUCUUAACUGUUGAUCUGUUUGAGGUCUUUUUAUGUGUUUAUCAAACUUAUUCUUAAGUUUAAAAAAAAAAGUGUUUUUUUAAGAUUUAAACGUUUGCAGAAAUGUUAAAAGCAUCACAAUGCCCAAGUCAAGUAAGUAUCAUUCUGCUCUUCUGCUCUUCCUCCAGCCAAUCAGUCUAUCUGUCUGUGCCCACAAGUCAAGAUUCUCCAAAUUGAGAGUGUUAUUGGAAAUCUCUUUAGUUAUAUUUUAAAUAUUUUCUGUAAGAGCUGCUAAUUUUAUUUAAAACAAAAAGUUGUAAAAAUAUGCCUCCUUUUUAACUAUGACUUGUUUGUACAGGGCACGCAAUCCAUGUAUCACAGUGUACAGUGUCAGUACGCUGAGAACACCUGUGCAAGGGCUUCCUCUGUACUGGCUGUAAAAAGUUUGUAUUUAUUAUGUAUAAAAUGUUGAAUAAUAAAAAAAAAAGUGGAAUUAA